AUGUUUGAAAGUGUGAGAAACCCAAGAAUGUAUCUGAAGAUCAAAGAUGAUCAAUGUGAUGGAACAGGCAUAGGUGAUGAAUACUGUCACUUUAAAAUUGAGAAGAAUUUUGAAACUGGAUCUGUAAGUCUAGAAUCAGUGCGAAAGAAAGGGAUAUACGUUGGUCUCCUGCCGGAUGGCCAGACUAAGCCAGUCAUUAACACUGGAGAGAGAAACAUCUUUUUCUAUCCACAGGUCAUCAAAUUUGGCUGGGAAAAGCCUAUGGGAAUAUCUGCAGCACCCAAUCAAGAGAAGAAAUAUUUCAGAGAAGCUCAACUCCAGCCAGCAAAUGCUCAGAAGUCAGUGUCUCCAAGCUUUUCAACAUUUCCUCCCUCAAAGGAAAUGAGAAAUCCCAAAGGUGAUGAGUGUCCUCUUCCUUCAGAUGAUGAAUGGAAAGUGUCAAUGCUGACAGAAAAUGCAGGAAGUGAAACAAAUGUCAUUCUCUGGAUAUACGGAGACAGAGGAGUAGCUGGACCAAUAACUCUUAGCAAGGACAACAGAAAGCAGCUGUUUCUUCCCAGGCAGGAGGAUGAAUUUCAGGUUAAAAUAAAAAGCAUUGGGAGUAUCUACAAGAUAAGAAUUGAAUUUGAUGGAUUACUGAAUGAAAAUUCAGAGUGGAAUUUACAAAGGGUGACACUGCAACAUCUUAAGAGCAAGAAAACUCUGACUUUUCCAGCAAACACAUGGUUGUCAAAGAAUUGUGAUGAUAGGCAUUUUCUCUGUGAACUUCCAGUAGUGGAAGAUGGAAAACCUAUCUAUCCAAUUGUUUUAUACCACGUUUAUGUCUAUACCGGUGAUGUGGAGCAAGCUGGUACAGAUUCUGCUGUUUAUUUGUGUAUCUAUGGAAAAAGAGGAGAUUCUGGUCUAAGACUUCUGCAUAAAUCUGGUAUACCAGUAACAUUUCAGAGAAGAUCGAUCAAUGCUUUUGAAGUGAAAGCUGUAUCUCUUGGAAAACUGCAGAAGGUGCUGUUGCACUGUGAGGCUAGUGCUGAGUCCCAGUAUUGGUACUGUGAUAAAGUUGUAGUCAGAGAAGCCGAGAAUAAUUCAGAAUAUGUUUUCAAUUGUGAAAGGUGGCUUCCAUAUAUGUCCCAAGGCGUAAUUCAUUCAGAAAUUGAGCUAUACCCUCACGAAGGAGACUGGAAGAUUACUGUAGUCACUGGGGAUUUUGAAACAGCUGGCACAACAGCAACAGUAUCCCUUUACGCUUAUGGAGAAAACAAAGCUUCUGGUCCUAUUAUUUUGGGAUCUGGGAAACACCAGCUGUUUAAUUGCAACAGUGAAGAUGCAUUUAAGGUUAACCUCAGAGGUCUUGGGCAUCUCUAUAAAAUCCGCAUUGGCCAUGACAACACUGGAAAUGAUUCCAGCUGGUACCUGAAGCAAGUCAGACUUAAAAGAGUAAUCCCUCUUUCUGAGGAGGAGAUUUGCCUCCCCAUAGAGUGCUGGCUUGCAGAAGACAAAGGUGAAGGCGAUACCUGGAGAGAAGUGGCAAUAAGAAACUCCGCAAAAAAGCUUUUGCCAUUGUUGGUGUAUGAGGUCCAUGUUUACACAGGUGCUAAACCUGGUGCUGAAACAGAUUGUAAUGUUUAUAUCAACCUCAUUGGGACAAGAGGAGAUGCUGGCAAAAGGAAGCUCCAUAAAUCUAAGAACAAUAAUGUGAAAUUUCGACAUGGACAGAUGGAUAUUUUCUGCAUAAAGGCUGUCUCAUUGGGAGACUUGGAGAAAGUUCUGAUUAGCCACGAUGGAGCUGGUCCAGGCAAUGGAUGGUUCCUGGAUAAGAUUGUCAUCAAACAUAAAGAAGGAAAGGAAGAUCAGGAGGUUAUAUUUCCUUGUAAUAGAUGGCUAGAUGAAUAUCAAGAUGAUGGGAAAACUGAGAGGGAGUUAACUGCCAAGAAGGAUGACAAUUCAAAGAAGGCAGCUCUUCAAGCACAACAGUGGAGAGUGCAGGUUAAAACAGCCAGAGAUUCCCCAGAGCCACAAGAGUGUAAAAGGACCCUUGUGAUUUAUGGCUCAGAGGGCAAAAGUGAUGAAUUUUUGCUUUCUCCACAAACCCCAGGACAUGUGUGCUUUCUACCCAGAGCAACAGAUGAAUUCAUUGUUGAGACUGGAGAUCUGGGAGAUGUAUACAAGAUUCGGGUCAGCUGUGAUGAUGUGCCGGGCUUUGAGGGUUGGCAUUUGAAGUCUUUUCACUUAGAAGAGCUACAUACAAAACAAGAACUGAACUUUGACUGUAAGUGCUGGUUCUCUCUUAAAAGAGAAGACGAGCUGGUGAAAGAAUUCCCUGCAGUCAAUAAGGACCUGAAAACUUUACCAGUCUAUAAGUAUGUUGUCUCUGUACAUAUCGGUGACCGCUGGGGAGCAGAAACUUUUGCAAAUGUUUAUAUCACUCUCUAUGGCAAAAGAGGGGACACAGGUGUGAGGAAACUUCAUACGUCUUUAGCGAAAGGAAGAAAAUUUCAGAGGAAUAAGGUGGAUUCAUUUUUGGUGGAAGCUGUUUCUCUGAGUCAUUUGCAAAAAGUAGUCAUAGGACAUGAUGGAGAAGGCUAUGGGGCUGGGAUGUACCUCAAGAUGGUAACAAUCAAGGAAUCACAAGAUUCAGACAAAGAAUGGGUCUUCCCAUGGUGGAACUGGCUUGAUAAUCAUCUGGGGAUAUGUGAAACUGUUUGUGAGAUUGUGACAGUUGGUAGAAGACUGAUUUCUAGCCCUAAACUCCCUGAAAUCAACAUGAAGUCAUCAGGUCUCUGGAUAAUGGACAUCACUGGAUCUGACUUGAGCAAUGAAGAGGAUCCAAUAUGCCUUUCUUUUAUCUUCUACGGCAACCUGAGUCACAAAAAGUUGCCACUUCAAGUUACAGGAAAAGCAAUUCAGAUCAAAGAGGAACUGGCAGAUAUUGGCUCCGUAUACAAAGUUCAGGUAACAGGUCCACAUAACAAGCUGAACCAGCCGUGGCACUUAGAUUUACUGCAUAUGAAGCACACAGGCACAAAAGAAGAGAUGUAUUUAGCUUUUGACUGCUGGUUCAACCCUAAUGAAGACAAAUGUGUGGAACUGCCAGCUCUCUAUGCAGAUCAGGAGCCUUUGCCUGUUGUGGAAUAUUCAGUCCAUUUGCACACGGGAGACUCGAAGAAAGCAGAUGCCACUGGUGAAGCUUAUCUUUGUAUUCAAGGAGAAAAGAGUGACUCGGGGAAACGGUGGCUUAAUACAAGAAACAGCCUGAUCACUUUUGCCAGAGGGCAGGUGGAUGUUUUUAAAAUUAAAGCAGUAUACCUUGGCAAACUGAACCAAGUUCUUGUUGGAUUUAAGAGUCCAAAAAAAGAUGAAUGGUUCUUGGAAAAAAUUGUUAUAAAAGAAGUCUUCUAUCCUUUUUCUGCACAUGUUUUUGUUCACAAUAACUGGAUCAAUAAACGCUCCAAGAAAGAUUUUGUAGAAGUGACAAUUCCCCUCAAAGAAACAUCUGUCACAUCUCUUCUGGCAAAAAAUUUUGAUACUAAAAGCAGAGGAUGUUGGCAAGCAUGGGUGCACUGCACACAAAUACCAGAAGAUGUUCCUGAUAUUCAAGUUGUUGUAUUUGGAAGAAAAGGGAAAUCCCCUGCACAGAAAGUUCCGAAUCUGAAUGACAAUCCGUUUUUGUUGACUGUUGGCGAUAUUGGAGAUAUAACAAAAGUUUCUUUUGUGUUAUCUGGUCCACGCUUAAGAAGAGGAAUUAAACUUCACAAGCUUCGGCUAAAAGAUCUGGACACUAAACAGGAGUUGGGCUUUCACACUGAAGCUCAGUGUCUGUUCGGAGAAGAUGGAUCUGAGACUGUGACAGAGCUAGCAGUGGUCAGGCCAGACAAGCCACCACUCAGGGAAGUUCUUUAUUCGAUCAGCGUUCAUACGGGAACAUUGCCUGCAUCAGGGACUGAUGCGGAUGUAUUUAUCACAGUAUUUGGAGAGCAGGGAGAUUCUUGCAAAAGGAGACUAAGACAUUCAAAUUUUGAAAAAGGACAGGUUUGUAUCUCUGAAAUGAGAGCAGUAGACCUUGGCCAGUUAAGUAAAGUGUUUGUUGAGCAUCAUAAUGAAGGCUAUGGAGCUGGAUGGUACCUAGAUCAAAUUGUCAUCCAUGAAUCAGGCAAGACUGAUGGCCAAUACGCAUUUCUUUGCCAGCAGUGGUUAGACAGUGGAGUUGGUGAUGCACACAUGGGUCGAACAUUGAAACUUCUUGGAAAAGUCAGGAACGAGAUGUUGGCGGGAAAGAUUCACGGGACUUGGGAUGUCUUUGUCACAACUAGUGGUGAUUCUUCUAGUCCCAUGAAUCCUGAAAUGCGUCUAACUGUAUAUGGUGAAAAAGGUACCUGUACUUCAGUCAUAUUCCCCAAAGGAUCCCUUAAAAAAAAGCAGGUCUAUGAGACUUCAAUCAAACUAAAUAAGAAAUUCAAUACUAUAUUCAAAGUUCGCCUAGAAAUCGAAGAAGCUGGAAAAGGAGAGACUUGGUAUUGCCAUGAGGUAAAGAUUCAACACAGAGAAAGUAAAAAUGUUCUAGAAUUUCCAUUUUGUCACAACUUUGCAGAUGAAGAAGGAGGAAGAGUGGCUGAGCUUCCAGUUCUCACAGCUGGCACUCCUUUUCCAGCAGUGAAAACCUAUGUUCUCUAUAUCACAACUGGAGCAUCCCCUGGGUCAGGAACAGAUGCAGAUGUGUAUGUUAUGCUGCAAGGCCUGUUGGGAGAUACUGGCAGAAGAAAGUUGAUAAGAAAAGGAGACGAUAAUUUCACUAAAGGAAAGGUGGAUGUUUUUCAAUUGGAAGCUGUAGAUGUUGGGACUUUGCAAUGGAUCGUGGUCGAAAAAGGGAAAGGUUCUGACUGGUUUCUGGAGAAAAUUAUUGUGAAAGAGUCAGCAGCUUCAGGGACAGAAACAUUGUUUAUGGCUCAAACAUGGCUAAAAGACAGACGUGAUGGAAAAAGAUCUGCCUCAGUAACUCUAAAUGCCACAGAAAUUCAGGAGAGGAAGAGCACUUCUGCCUGGCCUUUAGGAAAGGAGAAAAUGAAUUCAGAAGGCAGAUGGAGGAUUUAUUUCACAACACCUCAAGAGGAAACAAACCCAGACUUUUCAAAGUUGUCAGAAUAUAUAUCCAAGUUGGUUAUGUUUUUUUAUGGAAGCAACGGCAAGUCAAAUCUGGUUUCCAUGGAAAACAAAGUGGAACAUCAGGCUAAGAAGCAAAUAACAUAUGAUAUACAUUUAACAUCUGAUUUGGGAAUGCUUUAUAAAGUGAGACUUGGUCUCCAGAGUUUGGAAGACAGCAUAUCCCAGAUGUUUCUUCAUCAGUUGAAAAUGCAGAACACAUCAACCCUGGACACCUUUAGUCUCACCAUAAAUAAAACACUUCCUCUUUCUCUUUAUGGAGACAGAUGGAUUGAAUUUCCUAUAGAGUGGCCAUUAAAAGAAGCACUUUCUGUGGUUACGUAUCAUCUAACAGUAUUUUCUAGAAAUAUUCUGAGUGAGAGAAAUUUAGUGCAUAUGACUGCAUGUAUAUAUGGUACUUACGGUGACACAGGGGACAGAUCCCUUCUCUGGUCAUUGCAGAAUGUCCAGCAGAGAGAGGACAAUGAGUCAUUUCUAGUUAUCAUGGAAGCUGUUGAACUGGGUGAACUGGACAAGGUUGUUCUUUUCAUCAACAGUAAAACAGACUGCAAACUGGACAUUAAAAAAUUACAUUUGAAAGAAGCUGUAAAGGAGCAUCCUAUCUAUGUAUUUGAAGUGAAUGAAGCAUUUUCUCUGGAUGCAAAUAAGCCAGAAAUACAGAGAGAAAUCCUGUUAUCUUUUGUUAUUAGAGGAGACGAACAAAAGAAUGACACAGGUGGCAACUUACCUAAAGAAGAAAGUCAAGCAAGAAAUCUGACUGAGUAUACUAUCAAAGUAUACACAGGUGACAAAAAGGGAGCAGGGACUGAUGCCAAUGUACAUAUUAUUUUAUUUGGGAAUGAGGACAAAUCUGAGACACUUCAACUCUUUCAUUCACUGGAUCAUCCAGACCCCUUUGAAAGAGGAAAGGUUGAUACAUUCAAGAUUAAAACAAAAAAAUUAGGAAGGCUACAUUCAAUUGAAAUUGGUCACGAUGGGAAAGGAUUUGCAAGUGGCUGGUUUCUGGAAAAAGUAGAAAUCACAGAUGCAUCUAGUAAUUCAGUGUAUUGCUUCAACUGUAACAGGUGGCUUGCUGAGGAUGAAAGUGAUGGCCGUACCACAGUGCAACUAUAUCCAUAACUGCUUUCUUUCUGAUUUUUUCAGCAUGUUGCUUCUCCAAUACAUGCUGAUUUGAUUUACUUGUAUUUUAUAAUUCUGAAGGUAUUGUAAUUACUGUGCGGGAAUGUCAAAACAAUGCAUUGAAAACAUCACAGUGAAUUAAGCAUGUCUAAUGUGAAUGCUGCAUUCCAAUCCUAUUAGAGAUGCUCAAAAACUUCGCAUGAGUGAAAUUUAGAAAACAGAAAUUUAAAUCUGUAACAUGGCUCUCUGGACUUGUUCUGAGCAUUCAUUAUGGUAGACAUAUGUAGUAAUAUACUCAAACAUUUUUGUUUCAGUAAUAAUUUGUGGGUAAGUUAAUUUUAGCUCUUGUGUCAAAUCUGUCAAUAUUUGAUAAUUUGAUUAAUCCAUUUCAAUUUUGACAUUUAUUAAAAUUCAGGUUUUCUCAAAAUCAUUUUCCAAACAAACUGCACAACUCUUAGCCUUAUCAGAUACUGCUUCCUUUUUCUAUAUGACCAUAACAGAGAGUAAUAAAGAAGUUGUUAUUCAGGAGUUCAUCCUGUGUCAGUAAGCCUCCCACCAACAUUUGAUUGGAAAAUCUUGUAGCUGAGCCAGAACCUUAGCUGAGAAUCUUUAGAUCCAAAGGGUCUCUUAAGAGAGGCUGUUAUCAGUAAUAUUUCAAUAGCUUACUGGCAGGCUUAGGCAGCUCCCUGCUAAGCUUGAUGACUUUUGCAGCACCCAUUCUUAGCCAUCUAACUGACUUUCCAGUUCUAUAUCCGUGAAUGUCUUUACUUUCAAAAAAAAAAACCCAAUCAUUUUUUUUUAAAUGCACAAUAGAUAGAAACUUAUUUAGCUACGAAUGCAUAAAUUAAUGUUUUGCUCGGUAGACUUGGACAUUGCCAGAAUUGACUCAGGAAGGGCUUAGGAUACAGAAGAGUCUGUAAAGAAAUGAUGACCUGCACACCACCUGAAGUUUCAUAUGUGUGAUUAGAAUACAAAUACUGCGUGUAAGCUACAUAGGGCAUCCCUCUGUUUAAUCAAAGGCUUCGCCUUUAAUACCCCAAAAAUGUAAAAUCUAUAUGAAGAUCUGAAUUUUAGACCUGUUUCACUCGCAUAGCACUAACGUGCUCUGUAGCAGCAGCUAAAAGAAUUAAAUGAGUUUCUAAUCUGUGCUGAUGAAACACCGUCUGACUGUCUUUUUAAUAUAUUUAAUGUUUACUUGCUCAUAUUGUUCCAUGGAAUGAGGAAUGUUGGACGAUAUCUGCACGGGUGAUGAGAUCUCGGUUGCUAUGUUAACAUACAAAAAAAUAAACAUAUAUAAUGUGUCUUGGCAGGUAGUUUCAUUUUUAUCUACCUUAUACGUCAUCAAAGGGAGAGCUAAUGUAAGAUGUGAAUGUGAUCAGAGUGAGCAAUGGAACAGAGUCAAUUUCUUCUAAAAGUGCUCUUUCGCUCCCAUUGCUACCACACACACUGGAAUGGAUUUGAAAUUGUAUCCCUGGAGCGCACAGUUCAUUCACUUAUUAUCAGUAUUCAUUACAGUGAAUCACUUUGUUGUGAUCUAUUAUGUGAUUUGUUUCAUUAUUAUGUCUUUCAUUAAUAGUUUGUAAUACUAGCUCUCUUUGAUGCCAUUUCUGAUUUAUCAAGUGUAAAUAAUGCCUUCCUAAUCUGUUUUUCAUUACCAAUAGUGAAUACCCUCCUUCAGCAGCUGCCUUCCAUAUUUGAAAAUUAUUUCCUCUACCUUUACAGUGUACAAAUCGAGUUUUAGACUCAUUUCCCUGGAUCCACAGCCAUGUAAACACCUCAACCCUUUCACUAACAGGACCACCACAGCAGACGGCUCAAUUUUAAGUCCAUCAUGGGUGCUUCUAGGACAUAUUACCAGGAGAUUAUACUUUGCUAAGAAAACCUGAAAUACCUUAAGAACCCCUUUCUCAGCUAUUGCUUGGAAAACAAGCCAGUUAGCAUAUUUAGCUUGUGACUAGUGCCAAACCCCAAACUUGCCUCUUCCACGGUAUGCAGUGAUGUCUGCUGUGUUUGGCAUGGAACUCACUUAAUCUCUGUCCCUUGUGAGUGGGGUAAAUUUUGGAAAAAAUUGCUGGCCAAAGAUGGAAACAUGACAGAGGUGCCACCUCAUGUGCACUCUGUUGUUGCUGCACAGCCAGGUUGCUGCCUUGCUUUUUUCCUCCCAUCAUCCUGCCCUGCCUGUGGAGAGCCUGGGCAGAUACUGACACCACUGAUGCCUCUGCAGGGAAGAGAGUUGUAGCAUGGAAAAGAGACUGCCUGGGUCAACAAGAAACCCAGGCAUUUGGCAUGUCUGAGAGUUUUGGAAGAAGCAGUGAGAUAACUCAGUCAACUGGAAGAGGAAAAGCUGUAGUGGGGAGAAGGGUUUGACUUCUGCCUCUCCCUGCUUCUCUCCCACCUCCCUGAGAAUCUGUGUGGGAGGGCAGUGACUAGAGGAUUCUGUGAUGAUGAAGCAAGAACGUUAUUUUUUCACUGAAGUGAAAGCCUCAAGCUGAAGCUGGGUGUUAAAAUAUAGACCCUGAAGACCAUAACAUAGACUUUUUGACAUAAUAGAGUCUGAAAGCGUCCAUUAAGGGUCCAGCACUAGUUGACUCUGUGUUUUUUCCUUAUCCACUUGUCUUGGUGCACUUUAUAUAUAUUAUUAGGUUGAUACAGGUGACAUUUUUAUGCCCAUUUAAGCCCUUAAAAGUUUCAGUUUCUUUUGCUGAUGAUGUUAAGGAUUUGAAAAAAAAUAUAACUGUGUUCUGACUGGCUCAUUGGACCAUUUAAUAUUCUCCCAACAGCUCCAAGUACUGCCUUGCUGAAACUCAUCAUACAAAAGAAAGAAUUCCCUCUUAAGCACAUAUGAGCAGUUAUAUUGCAUCUAUCCAUCCUGCAGUUUGUCAGUUGUGGAAAUGGAAUGAGAAUAAGAAAAAAGGAAGUACCAAGUGCUCCUUUGAGUUCCUGUAGAAGUCUUAAAUGGAUACCAUCUAGUCUGGUGGGCUGUUAGUACAUGUGUUUGUAAAUAUAAAUAUGCUCUGCCCACACAUCAAUUUAAAGCGAUCACUUGGACUUCUCCAGGAAGAAAACCAGCAGUUGGAAAAAAUCCAUAGACUCCUCUGUUCUGAGUGGUGCAAAGCAAUGUCAUAACUUUCUGUGCAAUUGUUUACAAUUCUUUCGCUUGGUUUGAAUUAAUUUUAAUCAGGGGGAGCAAAAAGGGGAAAGAAAAUAGUAUUUUCAUUUUCUUCUUCAAACUUUUGAAAAUUCUUAGUUACAUCUUAAAUAAGCAUCACAUACCAACAAAUGGAAUGCCUUUCUCAUUUAUCAUAAAAUGUGAUGUGCUUGGUUGUUAGCGGAUUUCUCCAUGGACAAUGGCAGUAAAAGAGUUGUCAGCACUGUACAAAGCCUGGUAGAAAGCUUGCUUCCUGUGAUGUCCUCCCAUAUGUCUGUGUCUCCCACUAUCAUUCCUUAUAUAUUUAUGUUUAUCAUUGAUUAUAUUUUUUAAUUCAUACUAUGAAGCAACAUGAGA